AUGGCGGAAAGUAGUAAUCAUAGAAUUACAUUUCAAUUAGGGUGGUCGACUGCAAUUGCUUGCUCGAGUACAUUGCAAUUUGGAUUUCAUUUGGCAGAGCUAAAUGCACCAGAAUCAGUGAUAACUUGUGCAAGUCACAAGGCCGGCCCAUUACCGUCGUAUUCUGAUACGUUUUGGUAUAAACAUGGAUUUGAAAGUUGUAUUCCUAUGGCGAAUGGGAUUGCUAUGACUACUACUAUAUUCACUAUCGGAGGACUUGUAUCCUCAAUUAUACUAGGUUCCAAUAAAGUAUCUACGAAUUUUGGAAGAAAAUCCAUAUGCAUUACCAAUUCAGUUUUCUACUUCAUUGGCUCGUUACUUAUGGCUUUGUCCAACUCAGCAAUGCAGAUGAAUAUAGGAAGGUUUCUUAAUGGAAUUGGAUCCGGUCUGUCACUAGUCAUUUCCCCCAUAUUAAUAAAUGAAUUGACUCCGAUAAACCAUCGAGGAUUCUUAGGUUCUUCUUUACAAUUGGCGGUUGUUUUGGGUAUAUUACUUGCUCAAGUAGUGUCAUUUAACUGGUCGAAUGAACAACAAUGGAGGUAUAUUUUCCUCUUUGCAAGUGGUAUUGCGGUUUUCCAAUUUUUCAUGUUGUUUACUACUGUUGAGUCGCCCAAAUGGUUGGUACUCAAUCAAGGCGACGUACACAAUGCUACAUCGAUAUUACAUGAUUUAAGAACAGAUAAGAGUAAGGUUAAGCACGAAAUCAAUCACUGGAGAAGAUUAUCUGCCACCGUGGAAGAUGCGGACCACGAACCUGUUGAAUCCACUUCCUUGUUGAGGUGUAGAGAUUCAAUCCCUCUUAAUUCUCCUGCAUCAGAAAAUGGUUCCUUGGAAUGUGGUCACAUAACUACGGGUGAAUUUUUAACUAGAAAGGAACAUAGAAGGGAACUUUUGGCAGUGACUACAGUCAUGACGGCACAACAGCUCUGUGGUAUGAAUGCUCUCACAUUCUAUGGGGUUUCAAUCCUCUCUAAUGUAGUUCCUGAAGGUACCAAUGUACUUAUUUUAACAUGUUCAUUAUCUUUUUGUAAUGUUCUUUCAGCAUUCAUCGCAGCCCCUUUAAUCGAUAAAUUCGCUAGGAAAUCAUUAUUAUUGACUUCAAUUGGAGGCAUGGGUCUUUCAUCCUUGGCAAUAGCUUUUGGUCUAGUACAUGGCUACGAUAUUCUCGCAACCGUUUCGUGCUUUGUUUUUAUAAUUAGCUUUUCGGUGGGUUUAGGUCCAAUUCCAUUCAUCAUAACACCAGAAUUCACAGCGCACGAUUCAGUUGGUCCUGCUCUAUCUGUGGGUGCUGCCAUGAAUUGGUCUACCAAUAUCUUACUCGCUUAUCUCUUUCCAAUUGCUCAAAAUUAUAUUGGGGGCAAUGUUUUCUAUAUUUUCUUUCUUAUUAGCAUGGCAUAUAUUGUUUGUGUAUUGCAAUUGGUUCCAGAAACACUAGGCUAUGAUGCCCAUGGCAUGAUCUGGAAUAAUUUCGCUUGA